GAGGGAGAAGGUGGGGAGAAUACGUGAUAAAUACCAGAGUAGGAUUAUACGAAAGCAUCGCGGUUCUCUACUCAGUGGUGUAUUAAUCGGGCAUCGCUGUUCCAAGUAGAAGGUGCUCGUUCGUCGUUUCUUGUGUUUUCUUCUCGACUAAUCCUUGGAAUAAACCAUGUGGCGAUUGGUUCCUACGUUGACCUUGGUCAGCGUGGCCUUGGUAGCAGCAUUACCAGCACCGCAACAAAAUCCAGGUAGCCUCAGCGAUCUCAUCGAGCAGGCUUUUCCCGAAACUAAAACCUCCACUCCUCCGUCGGUGCCCCAGAUAGACGGCGAUGCACUUGACAGCCUGAUCCAGGACUUCUAUAAGAAUGGAAAUGUUACCACUACUACGGCGAAAAGUAUCAUUCUCGGCACGCAAAAUACACCACCUCCGAAACCUGACAAUUGCGAAUGCGUGCCCUAUUAUCAGUGCAAGGAGGGCAAGAUCCUGGAGAACGGAAUCGGCAUCAUCGAUAUCAGGUUCGGUGCUGAUCAAAAUACUUCUUCCACUGGAAAGAUAGAUGUCCAUGGAGCUCUUGGACCAUGUGACAAUUACUUGGAUGUUUGUUGCACACCACCGAAUCUACAGCCACCACCCACACCUCCACCGACGACUAGAGUCGGAUGUGGUCAGCGACAUGCUGAAGGAGUCGGUUUUAGGAUCACCGGCCAAACCGAUAAUGAGGCUCAGUUUGGCGAGUUUCCGUGGAUGGUGGCAAUCUUGAAAGAAGAAGCUAUCGGCGAAAAUGGCCAAAAAUUGAAUGUUUAUCAAUGCGGCGGUGCACUUAUCCAUCGACAAGCCGUUCUCACUGCAGCUCAUUGCGUUAAUGGAAAACAGCCGAACGAACUCAAAAUCCGCGCAGGAGAAUGGGAUACACAAACGAAGAACGAGAUUUAUCCGCAUCAGGAUCGCGACGUUGAAAAAGUCAUAGUUCACGAAAAGUUUCAUUCCGGCGCGCUUUACAACGAUUAUGCUAUACUGAUUUUGAAGACUCCGGUCGAAUAUGCAGAGAAUGUAGAUAUCGUGUGUCUGCCGGAAGCGGGCACGAAUUUUGACGAAUCUAGAUGUUUUGCCAGUGGAUGGGGAAAAGACGUAUUCGGUAAAGAAGGACGUUAUCAAGUGAUCUUGAAGAGAGUGGAACUUCCUGUGGUAACCCAUGAUACAUGUCAAAGUACUUUGCGUACUACUAGGUUGGGGAAAUAUUUUGUUUUGGACUCAAGUUUCAUUUGCGCAGGUGGAGAAGUAGGGAAAGAUACUUGCAAGGGUGACGGUGGAAGUCCCUUGGUGUGUCCCUUAAAAAACGAUCCAAAGAGGUACGUUCAAGCUGGAAUCGUGGCCUGGGGACUUGGUUGCGGUGAGAGCGGAACUCCCGGCGUUUAUGCUAAUGUAGCCUAUGCUCGCCGAUGGAUCGACGAGCAGUUGGCCUUCAAUAAUUUAGAUAACACCGUUUAUCAGUAUCCCAAUUAAUCAUCAUUCUUAUGCGAUGAUCUACCAAUCACGCAUGGAUCAUACAAU